CCCGCCCCGGGAGCGGCCUCGGCGGCGGCGGCGGCGGCGGCGGAGGGCCCGGGGCCGCUCCGCUGCGGGCCGGGCCGCCCAUGGAGCCGCGCGCAGCAGAUGUUCAGCACGAUGGAAAUCUGGCAAAAUAAGGGAGCUAAAGCCCCGUAAAUCCCGAUCCUGGAACUUCCCAUGGAUCCGGUCCUGCUGCUCCACAGUUGGUUCUGGUGGAAUGCUCCAGCUCAAUGUUUUCAGUGGUUUGUUUCCCCCCACGAUGGAGCUGAGGGACACUGAGCUCUUGGACCUUGUGUGCUCUGGAACUCCUCCCUCAGCCUCCCAACUCCCCUGAUGGUGUCUGGGCAGGGAGUGAGGUCCUACCCUGGGAUGCUCUGGGAUGCUCCUGCCGAGUCCCUUCCCAAACCUGGCACUUUGGAGCUGCUCUGGAAGAGGCCGUGAGGGGAGUGAGUGGCAGCUCUGAGGGGUUUUAUGACUUUCCCCUUGUUUUAGGUGGAUGUUCAGUGUUAAAGGUCUGAAUUCCUGUCGGGAAUUCCUGGUGUGUCCUGCAGAGAAUCACCGGGAUGGUGGGAGCAACUGGCUUUACUCCGAAAUGCACAUUUCUCUGUUUGGAAUGUGCCAGGAGUGCUCACUCUGGAUUAGAUCCAUCCCAGGGACUUUGGGGUCUGCUGUUCCGUCGCUGGGGGGUGGAUUUGGAGUUGUGCCUCUCCCAGGGCUUGGAUUUCCCAUCUGGGCUUUGUAUUUCCCACCUGUUCCAAAGGACAGAGCACUUCCCUCCCACAGGGGCAGGGAACGAUCACUGGCACUGGGGUGGGGCCGUUUCUGUAGCGAUCCCUGAUAAAUCCCCCACAGUCCAUCCUUGUCAGGCCCGGAGUUUUCCGUCUGUGUUUCCCCCGGCGUUCUUGCGUGCGCGGGAGUUUGGAAUGCCGUGGAUGGGGCAGGAGGGGGGGUUGUUCAGGCUGUGUUGUUCCCUCCCCAAAGCUCCCCCUGAGUUUCCAUUUUCCCUUGGGAUUCCGAACCCCACCCGCGGGAAGCUUGACCCGUUAUCGCAGCCGUCCCGUCCCGGAGCCGCUCGCUGCUCCUGCAGGGAUUGUGGGAUCCAAGCGUGCGGCUCCCAGUUAAGGAUGCUCCCUAAACUGGUGGGGCUGGAAUUGGAAUCACUGCCAAAUCCCGCUCCCGUUGCUCGGCUCCAGGAGCGGCUCUGCAGGAAAACACGGAGGAGUUUUUUCCUGGGGGCAGGAAGUUAAUGGUGACACCACCCUGAGAGAGGGGGAAUGGUGUUUCCCCAGCAAAGCCAGGGAAUUCCGGGUUAAAGCCUGGAUGUUUAACGGAGCUGGGUGCCCUUAGGGAAUUUUGCACAUCUUCAGGGAUAAUCUCGGAAAGAGACACUGGGGGUGUUUUACCCAUCCUGAAAAGAGACAUUUUCAAGGCUCCAGGGAAUUUUGUUCAUCUGUAGGGAUAAUCCUGUAAAAGAGAUUGUUGUUUUCCCUGGGAAACAACGGCAUUUGUUCGUAUUCCACGUAAUCCUGAAAUGUCCUCUUUUACUCCCAAUACACCAGCACCUCCCUCUCCCAGCCUUCCCAAUCCUUUUUUCCCCUCUUCUUCCACAUUUUUGGUUUGGGGCGAAUUCUUCUCCCAGUGGUUUCUAUUCCUCGAUGGCAAGAUUUUUAUCCCAGCCUUUAACUGCAAGGCCCCAAAUCCAGCGGAACACUUUGCCCAUCUCCCUUUCUCUUUCCCCCUUCUGCCCCGAGGAAUGCGGAAAUUCAGGAUUUGGGGGCAUGGCAGGAGCACACACCUUCCCCAGGCUCAGAAACUGCCAAAAUCCAGACUUACAGAAUAGAUCUUUGGUUUUGCUCCCUUCUGGGAAGGAGCUGUGGAUUGGGAAGGAGCCUGGGAAGGAGCUGUGGACUGGGGAGGAGCUCUGGGUUGGGAAGGAGCUCUGUCUGGACCUUUAUUUUCCCUGCAAGAGCAGUUGGGGUGUUUUUAUUUUUUUGGUUUGGGUUUCGUUUUUUUUCUUUUUGCCUUUUGGAAGGGGAUUUCUAAAAUUUCCUUAGGACAGGCACAUCUCCUACUUCCAGCCUUUUGGCCUUGCUUCCCUUCCCUGGCACGCAGUUCGGAGCGGGAUGGGGCAGGGAUUUACUCCCUGUAAACGCCCGAGAGGAACUUCCUGCCUUCUCACCGCUCCCAAACAUUCACUUCUUAUGUCAUUCACUCCCAGCUCCUCAUGCCUAAUGCGGGAAGAAGAGCUCCACCACCUUUGGGAUGAGAAUUGGGUUUAGCUCCUGAGUUUUCCGAGGAAAUGCCCGUUGCUGGCGGAGCUGUUAGAGCGAAGUGGGCGUCGUUCUCCCACUUCCCCGGGAACGAAGGGGCAGUCCCGGAGCACAGUUAACUCCAGGGGGGAGGUUCACGGCCUGGCUCCUUGUUUUAUCCUCCACCACGCCAUCCAUGUGCGCUGUCGGUGUCGUUGCCAGGUUGAUGCCGAGGAGCCGAUCGGGCGCCGCCGACCCCGUCCGUGCGCGGCUCCAUGAGCCACGGCCUCGGCUAUGGACAUCGUCCUGUCCGAUUUUGUUCGCUCAACAGGGGCAGAGCCGGGGCUGGCCAGAGACCUCCUCGAAGGCAAGAACUGGGACCUGAGCGCGGCGCUGAGCGACUUCGAGCAGCUGCGGCAGGUGCACGCCGGGAACCUCCCGCCCUCCUUCAACGAGGGCCGCGGUGCCCGCACCCCGGAGCCGCGGGAGGCGGCACGGCCGGGCCGGCCGCCCCUGCAGCGCCAGGAUGACCUCGUGCAAGAGAAGCGCCUGUCCCGAGGCAUCUCCCACGCCAGCUCCACCAUCGUGUCCCUGGCGCGCUCCCACGUCUCCAGCAACGGCGGCGGCGGCGGCGAGCACCUGCUGGAGAUGCCCAUCUGCACCUUCCAGCUGCCCGACCUCACCGUGUACUCCGAGGAGUUCCGCAGCUUCAUCGAGCGCGACCUCAUCGAGCAGUCCAUGCUGGUGGCGCUGGAGCAGGCUGGGCGCCUGAACUGGUGGGUGACGGUGGAUCCCAGCUGCCAGCGGCUGCUGCCCCUGGCCACCACGGGCGACGGGAACUGCCUCCUCCACGCCGCCUCCCUGGGAAUGUGGGGCUUCCACGACCGGGACCUGAUGCUGCGGAAAUCCCUGUACACGCUGAUGGACAAGGGAGCGGAGCGGGAGGCGCUGAGGAGGAGGUGGCGCUGGCAGCAGACGCAGCAGAACAAGGAGUCUGGGCUGGUGUACACGGAGGAGGAGUGGCAGAAGGAGUGGAACGAGCUGAUCAAGCUGGCGUCCAGCGAGCCCCGCGUGCACUACGGCACCAACGGCGGCGGCUGCAGCGGGGUGGAGAGCUCGGAAGAACCGGUGUACGAGAGCCUGGAGGAGUUCCACGUCUUCGUCCUGGCCCACGUGCUCAAGAGACCCAUCGUGGUGGUGGCAGACACGAUGCUGCGGGACUCGGGAGGCGAAGCAUUUGCCCCCAUUCCCUUUGGAGGGAUCUACCUGCCCCUGGAAGUCCCAGCCAACAAAUGCCACCGGUCUCCCUUGGUUCUGGCUUAUGACCAAGCCCAUUUUUCUGCCCUGGUCUCCAUGGAGCAGAAGGAAAACACAAAGGAUCAAGCCGUGAUCCCUCUGACGGACUCCGAGCACAAGCUGCUCCCGGUGCACUUCGCCGUGGAUCCCGGGAAGGACUGGCAGUGGGGGAAGGACGACAGUGACAACGUCAAGCUGGCCAGUGUGACGCUGUCGCUGGAGGCCAAGCUGCACCUGCUGCACAGCUACAUGACUGUGAGGUGGAUCACGUUGCCUUGUGACACGCAGGCGCCUCUGGCCCAGCCGGAAUCCCCCACGGCCUCGGCGGGGGACGACGCUCGCUCGGCGGCGGAGUCGGGCGAGUCGGACAAGGAGUCGGUGUGCAGCAGCUCCGCCAGCAACGGCGGCGUCAGGGCGGCCAAGGACAGGGAGAAGCCAAAGAAAGAGCGGGAAAAGGAGAAGGACAAAAAGCGGGCAGACUCGGUGGCCAACAAGCUGGGGAGCUUCGGCAAGACCCUGGGCAGCAAGCUAAAAAAGAACAUGGGGGGCUUGAUGCACGGCAAGGCCACGAAGGGCGGCCUGAGCAACGGGCAGGGGGACACCCUGGAGAAGAAGAAGAAGGGGUCCCUGAAGGCGCGGAAGGGCAGCAAGGAGGAAUGUUCCCCGGGGGAUCUGGUGGCCCCCACGGAGAAGGCGUGCCCGGGGAAGGCGGCCCCGGAGAAGGCGCCGGACCCCUCCAAGUACAGCAGCGACGUGCGGCUGAGCCUGAGCAUCCUGCGCGCCGCCAUGCAGGGCGAGCGCAAGUUCAUCUUCGCCGGCCACCUCAAGACCAGCACCCGGCACCAGUUCCAGGAGGAGAUGAUCCAGAGGUACCUCCUGGACGCCGAGGAGCGCUUCCUGGCCGAGCAGAGGCAGAAGGAGGCGGAGAAGAAGGCGCUGGGCGGCGCCGCCCCGGCCAAGAAGCCGGAGGGGGAGGCGGGCGCCCACCGGGGCGAGGAGGCAAUGCCGGGCCCCGCGUUCCCCCCGCUGCCCCCCGCCUACCCCUCCCAGCCCCCCGAGCCGGCCCUGGGCGCUAAAAUAGCCGCGUUUCCCGCCGGCUAUUCCGGCGUUUUCACCUUCCCCAGGCCCUCGGUGGGCAGCGCGGAGGGGCCGCACCCCCCCGGGUGCCCCGAGGGCCGCAGGCAGCUGGCGGGGGGGCCCUGCGGGAGCCUCCCCCCCUACGCCACCCUGCCCCGGCACCACCAGACCCGGCCCGGCCCCCCUGGCCCUGCCCAGCCGGGCAGGUUCUCCCCCACGGACAUGGACACGCAGCCCCCCUUCCCGCCGGAGUGCGAGGGCUCCUCUGGCUGCCUCGCCCCGCACAGCAACGGCUGCCGGGAGUUCCUGGAGCAGGACAAGGGGGCAGCGGCGGCGGAGAAAUCGAGGAGCCGGGCCCUCUACAGCAUCCAGCUGACCAAGUGCAAACAGCCCAACUGCAGCUUUUAUGGACACCCGGAGACUGGGAACUUCUGUUCCUGCUGUUACAAGGAGGAGCUGCGGCGCCGGGAGCGGGAGGCGCUGGUGCACAGGUUCUGACGCUCCCCCCCUCCCCACCGCGCGGAUCUGGGACCCCUGGAACACGGGGAAUGCAAUAAUAGAGAUCCAGUAUGGUUUUAUACGCCCCCCUCCCCGGCCCCCUCCUGCUCUGCGGGAGGCGGGAGCGGGCGAUCCUGGGAUUGGGCUGGUGGGAUGGAGGGGGAUGCAGGAGGGAGAGGGUGGGGGGAAACCAGCCCCUGCUUUCCCGGAGCCCCUGCGAGGGAGGAGGAGGAGGAGGAUUCCCAGGGGUGGCCUUGGGACAGCGGGGGCUGCUCGAGUCGGAGCACAGGGUGAGGGGGGAGAAUUCCUCAAAAACUCAAUAAACCAGACCAAAGCUUUGGGAGCUGGGGGUGUGGGGGGGGUGCAGCCCCCGCCGGGUCCUUCCGACCGCCCGGGACGGAGCGAAAACGCCCCAGUUGGAGCGUCACAAACCUUUUAAUGGAGUUUUUUAACACUGGUUUUAUUCUGUAUUUCUUCUUGCUGGUACUGAGCGACGGUCGGAGUUGGACAUUGUCGGGGGGGGUGGGGGGUGGGUCGCACUCCCCCUGCCCGGCCCUGGGAUGGCUCCGAGCGUUGGGGAGGGUGGGCUCGGGCUCUGCCCCUCUGUGGCGGGCUCUGCCCUCCCCCACACACGGGCCCUUCCCCAGCCCCUCAGCUCUGGUUUUAAAAUGCUCUUUUCAAACGCUUCCUGGGGCAGGGGGAGCUCCCAGCGCUCCGGGGGUUGGAGCUUUACUUUUUGUGGGAACCGAGGGUCGAGGGUCGGGGUCUCCUGCCGGGAAUUCCCAGCGGGGUGGGGCAGAUCCCCCCGGGGCAGGAGGGGAUCGAUCCGGGGCGGGGUGUCGCAUAACUCCGUACUUGAGCACAGCUACUCUGUACUACCUCUGAUCCUGAUUAACUCGGCUCCGCUGUGCUGAGCCACCGACUGACCUUUAGGCUGCGGAAUUAAUGCACAUUUUUGAUAACAGGGCUAAAAAGCGGAACAAUAAGGUAAAAAAACCCUCCCGUGACUAACGUCCCACGGCAUUCCCAGCCCCAUCCCGGCCCCUCCUCCCCAGCUCCCAGGGUGGGAUUCACUUUAGCACUGCGAUGUUUGCACAGAAUUCCUUGGGGUUUUUUGGUAACUGCAGCUCCCAAACCGGGCCCUCCCCCAUCCCCGGUCCUGCACAGGGCGAGGGGCAGCGUUUCCCAUCACAUGGAAAUAAAACGGGAGUUCUGAUCCCUCAGCCCGAGCUUUGCAACAUUCCCUAGGUUUUAUUUUGGGGGUUUGUUUUCCAGAAGGCGCCAAACUAUGCAAGGCCCUCCCGAGCUGCCCCUGCCUGUGGCCCUUCCCUGGGAGAAGGGAGAAGGGAUGGGGCAGAGGAGCUGGAAGGGUGCUGAGUUCGGGGCUCCCAGUGGCACCCCAAACACCUUUGAGUCCACCCAGCGACGCUCCCUUGCCCGCGAAUUUUCAAAUCCAAGUUUCAAAUGCCCCAGGGAUGGUUUGACUCCGGUUUUAAGUCGUCUCCCCCCUGGUUUUACAAAAUCCCCGAGCGUGGGUCGCUCCCUCUGGCUCCUCUGACCUCAGAACAACUGCCAGAGAGUGCAUUUUUCCCCUUCAAACUGCAGGAAUUCCGAUGGACUUUACCCCGGGGCAGGGAUGUGCUCUGGCCCCGCUUGGUUCACCCCGGGUUUUAAGCCAAGAUGGUUUUAAAACCAAACCAAACCCUCACUGUUGUGUGGGUUUCACUUGGGUUUUCAGGUUCCAGUGUCCCAUGGUCAUUUUUCCCAGAAUCAGAGCAGCAGCUUCAUUUUGGGGUUGGGAAUAUCCUCCGGGAGCAGGGAUGCCCCCACGGCACAGGGGGGGAAGGUGGGAGGUGACACUUCACCCGGGUUUUGGGAGAAUUCCUCUGCAAUUUGGUUAAAUCCAUCCCGAUGGAGGCUGGCUUUGGGUGGGGGUGGGAAGUGCCCGGACCCGCUCGCUGCUUUUUUUGGGUUUGGGGGGUGGGGAGAGAGAGGGAAAAUGCAGAAAACCUGGAGGAAAAGCACCAAUCCUGCCCUGGGGAGGGAUUUUUUUUUUCCACUGGGAUGGGGACAGGGAGGCUGCAAUGUGACCCCCAAGGUCAAACUAAGUGCACUUACUGGUGUGGUUGGAAAUUCAAAUCGCUGCCAUCGGAUCCUGGUGGAAGAGAGCUUUGUCUUUCAGGGUGUGUAAAACCCGUUUUAUUGGGAUUUUCUCUGGUUUUAUUAAAUGGGAUUCACCUUCGCCGGCCCCCUCGGCGGGGGAGGCCGGGGCAGCUCUGGGUCUCACUAACGCCGAGUGACCUGAAUUAAUUCUGCAGUGGUUUAUUCACAGAAAAAAAAAAAAAAAAAAAGCAACACCCAACCUUUUAUUUUUAUUAUUAUUAUUAUUAAUUCCGUAUUAAUUGGUGAUAUUCGGCCUCCUGGUGAGCAGGGCUGGAGCGGCGCGGUCGGGCUGUACCUGCGGCCUCGUUGUGCUGCCUCAGACUCACUGACAAUAAAAACCUUCAGCUGAUGCA